GUAAUUAAUAUUUUAUUAUCUCAUAAAGUGAUCUGUUCUGUUUUUAAUGUUUUCUGUUUUCUGGAAUAACUUUUGUAGGAUAGAAAUUAAUUUCCUUAGCAGUUUACUGGAACUCAGUUGUAAAACCAUCUGGGCCUGGUGUUUCUAAUGGGAAGUCAUCUAUUACUUUUCAGUUUCUUUAAUAUAGCUUGUCUGUUCUAUUCAAGUUAUCUAUUUCUUCCUGCACAAAUUUCAACAUUUUAUAUUCUUCUGGAAUUUAGCUGUUUCUUCUUAAUAUUCACAUUUCUUAGCAUAUAGUUAUGUUUUUUAAUUUUUUAUCUUUUUUAUUAUUUUUAAAUUUUUUCCUUGAUAAGGCUCACUGCUUUUUUCUUAUUGACCUGUUCAGAGAACCAUUUUUUAGUUUAAUUAAUCCUUUAUAAUUUUUUAUACUGUUUCAUUCAUUUCUGCAUUUAUCUUUAUUAUUUCCUUCCUGUUUGUCUUUUGCUGUUGCUCAUUUUCCAAUAUCUUGAAUUGAGUACUUAACUUGUAGAUGUUUAAACUUCUUUGUUUCCUGAUCAGUAUUCAAACCUAUGAAUUUCUGCAUGGAUUGGUUUGGCCAUGCCCCACAAAUUUUGCCUUAUAGGGUUUACAUUAUUAUUCAGUUUUGAUAGUUCUUAAUUUCCUUUAUGAUUUCCAUUUUAACCAAUGAGUUAGUCUACAAACAUGGAAUUAUUAUUAACAACCUUUAAUAUCUACUUUUAUUGUCUUAUGGUCAGAAUAUAUAGUCUGUAUGAAAUUGACCCUUUGGAAUCUAGUUAUAUCUUAUGACCUAAUAUAUGGCCUAUUUGUGCUUGCACAAAAAGAAUGUAUUCUGUUUGGUAUGGCUUGGAUAUAUAAUACCUAAAUGUUUUUCAGGUUUCUUAAAUUCCUGCUUAUUUUUUUGUUUGAGCUAUCCAUUUCUGUGAGGUUUAUUUUAGAAUCUCAGUUCUAUCAGGUUGUUAUUUGAUAAAUUUUGAGGGUGUAUUUUCAGGUUCGUAUGUUUAUAAUGGGUAUAUAUUCUUAAUUCUAUUCCCUCUACCAGUAUUAACAUCCAUUUUUGACCCUUAUGAUAUUUUUUGGCUUGAAUUAUUUUUUUGUUGGUUAUUAAGAUUGCUAUUCCAGCUUUAUUUUGGUCCAUACUGACCUGAUGUAUCUUUUUUAUAUCCUCUUAUUUUUGACAUUCUAUGUCUUUGCUUUAAAGUACCUCUUGUUGUGCAUAGCCUAUUGUUGAAUCUUGUUUUUUUGUUUUUUUUGUUUUUAGUCUAGCCUGAGUGUCUGCCUUUUAAAUGUGACUUUAACCUAUUUAUAUAUUUUUUUGUAAUUACUGCUAUAUUAAGAUUUAUACCUGCAUCUUCUCUCAUAUCUAUAGAGUAUGAUCGUAUGACCACAACUCUUGAGGUCUCACCAAGAGUUCUAGGAGCUCUACAACCAGAGCAGGGCCCUUAAAACUAAUCCUGACAAGCACAUUGAAAGGUUAAGACUACCUUUCCAGAUAGCCCAACAACUAAGUCACCAGCUUCCAAAGCAUUUGAACCACUCGUGGAAAACAUCAGAUCUUUGCACACCAGAUGCUCUUGACAACUCGUCCUUCUCUCCUCCUAUACAAAAGUUGCUGCACCAGCGGAUGACGAAGCGGACCACUAAGCCUCUUUUUUGUUACCAAGUAGAUGUAAUAUCACCGUCAACAAAACAGAGUGCACAUAGUGCCUCUUCACAGUAUCACUACCAGUUGAUACGCUAAGAAAAUCAGCUUUGCCUAGAUGGGGACCCUUCUUGGGUAGCCAGGAUUUGAAGGACCUGUGCCACUGGUAAGUGACUAACACUUUUACACACUGAACUGAUCCUGAGAACUGAGAUGUCCUCUUAUUAAAUGAAGAAUAUACAACAUAAUCUUGAAGAACUGCACAGUAUUGUAGACCAGAGGUAUAUUGUGUGUGUGUAAUGGACUGACAAAUUAAUCUCAUUGAAAGGAUUUUUAGUCCUUUAUUUCUAUUUACCAAUAUUGAUCAGUGUUUUGCUGGCUUAGAUUGUUACCUUUUUCUGGUUCCUUAUUCUAUUCUAUUCUAAUGGGUCCCAGAAAUCCAUCUCCUGAUCCCCUAUCAGAAUCAGAAAGUGAGGAAGAAGAAAAUGCUAACUACCUAAAUGAGAGUUCUGGGGAAGAGUGGGAUUCCUCUGAAGAAGAGGAUCCCGUGGUGCCCAACUUAACACCUCUUGAGAGUCUUGCCUGGCAGGUUAAGUGCCUUUUAAAAUAUUCUACAACUUGGAAACCUUUAAAUCCCAAUUCCUGGUUAUAUCAUGCUAAACUCUUGGAUCCAAGCACACCAGUCCACAUACUUCGAGAAAUAGGUCUUAGACUCUCCCAUUGCUCCCAUUGCGUACCCAAACUGGAGCCAAUUCCUGAAUGGCCCCCCCUGGCCUCUUGUGGAGUCCCGCCUUUUGAAAAGCCACUUACAAGCCCUAGCCGGCUCUCUAUAGAUCAUGCCACUCUAAAUGGAGCACUGCAAUUUGCUACUAGACAGUUGGGUCGAACUUUAAGUAGGGCCACCCCCCUACCUGAAUACCUAAAACAGAUCCCUAAUUCUUGUGUUUCUGGUUGUUGCUGUGGCUGGCUAACUAAAACAGUUAAGGAAACAACUCGCACUGAACCCAUUAACACUACUUACUCCUACACUGACUUCCAAAAGGCAGUCAACAAACUCUUAACUGCAUCACUGUAAAUGUCCACCAUUUGCUCUGAUACCUCUCAGAGCUAAUUGAGAAAAGAGUACAAAGUUAAUCAUUACAAAGCUCCACUUGAGAAACUAAUGCCUUUGCAAUCAAGCUAUCAUCCCCUGACAAGUCAAAUUUACCAAGUACUGAAUAUAUGACUCAUCUAUAGAAAAUGUACAUUUUGGACAUCCCCUUUGACAGCGGAAAAAUGAGAGCUUCAGUGGAGAAUUACUCGGAAAGGAACAUAUUACAUAAGAUAAGUUGACUGUUCUCCACCCCAGUUCUUCCCCCCCAGUUUAUUCCACCUAUCUGAAUGGACUCUUAACUAGAUACCCAAUUAUUAAUGGGAAGGAAAAGGUAUGCCAUCACCUCUUUUGUCACCCACCUUCAGAACAGCCAUGUGGAAAGUCGGCCACCCACAAUAAAACCUUUCAGAACAUACUCUGUUCCCACAUGUAUUGCUAGAGAGAUGACUGGAUUAAAUUGAACAAAUGGACAAAGGAAAAUGGUGAGAAAAGUGGCAGGAAUAUGGUUUUCUCUCCCGACUGAUAGAUAUGCCUACAUAUGUCACCCAUUAGGGGCUCCUAUUUGGGACCGGGGGGGAGGGCAGGGUAGAGUUUCAAAAAGAUCUUGGGAUAGGAUUAAGAGCAUUUAUGCUUCCAGUGUUACCUUCUAAUAGAUUAAAAUAUUUCAUCUGUAUAAACUUUCCUGGAGCAGAGUUUAUGCAGUUUUCACACAUCCAUUGCAAACUUUUCAGGAACCUUUGUAACUUUAAAGAAUCUCACCAUAAAAAAAUAGCCUAAUAAAAUCUGAAGUUGAGUUUUAGCAGCAUUGUUUUUCUAAGUAGAUUAACUUUAGAUUUCCUCCUAGCUGAAGAAAGAAGAGUAUGUUCCCUUGUAAAUGGUGUGGUUUUGUGUAGAUAAAUCAAAACAUAGAAGUCAUCAUCAUUAGCAUGAGACCAUUAAAUAUUUUCACAUACCGUACAAUAAAGAAUGAAACCUGUGUGUGGUCCUGCUUGACUGAGCAUCUAAAAGGAAUCAGAAAACAGAUUGUUAAAAGUAUAUCGUGUGUCUUCUUAUUUUAGUUUUGCUUUUUCCUGCUCUCCAUAAUUAAGUGUUCAAUGCAAUGUGACAUGAAAAAGAUUGAAGUUGCAAUGGAAUCACAAAUUCUAUAAAUGUAUAUCAACUUUAAAGAUAGAAAAGAAUGUGUAUAACCUAAUGAUUAUUUCUCCUGAGCCUUAGUUGUCCUAUCUUAAGGAAAAAGGAAGGAAUUGCAGUAGCUAGAAAAAUUAUUUGUUAGUGGAAAAUUACUUACCUCUGAACUAUAUCAUACUGUUAGUGUAACUGAAUGAAUCAGAAACUGUUCUUUUGUAGGUGUUCUAUGAAAUUGGUUUUAUAAAUGUUACAAGAACCUGUUUUUUGUUUUUUUUUUUUAAGGGGGAAUGGAGGAUGUAGGGAAUAGGUCUUGAGAAUUAAAAUACAUUGAUGUUUAUGGAACCAUAAUAUGGUUUUCUAUGUGUGUGUAUUAACGUGCCUUGCUUAUGAACUCAUUUUGCUAUUCACUCCAAAAGGAAUCCUCUCCCCAGCUUCGCAGCUGAAUAAAGCAACAGCUAUGCACAUGCUGAACAGAGUUGGUCAUUUGUCUUCAACAAAUGAAAUAGAUCCUGCUUUGCUUAAGGCAUAGUCAACAUUCAUUAAUUCACAGAGUUAAUAAAGUAUCUGUUUCUAUUAUAGAUAUAUUCUCUCUCAUAGGAGGUGACUUUGCAGCUCUAGAGAACUCUAGAGUAAACACACUUGAAGAAAAUGACAGAUAUUCAGUCAAGACCCCAAUUUAACCAAUUUGUUUGUAUAUGUUAAGUAUCCCAGGUUGCACAAAAUAAAAGGUAUUUGAAUGAGCCUUAAACUUUAACUUCUUUUCAUGUGCCACGGACUUGGGAUAGAGAUGAAUAUUACACUUUCACGCUCUUCUUAUGGAGGCUUCUAGUUAUGUGCAGUCACUGUAAUUAGGAUAAAGAGGGACAGAUUUCUCCUCUAUAAAAAUAUUUGACAAAGGAGUAAGGAAGCAUCAUUUCUAAACAAUGGACAUUAACAAGUUAUUUAAAGGUAUAUUUUCUCUUAAUGCUGAUAGGCAGCGUUUUUUGUUUCUUUAAGCAGUCCAGACACCUUGAGCCCAGAAGAGAAUCAAGUCUUUUAAUUGCUUCUACAGCCUACAAAAAGGGAAAAUUGAAGCAUGGCAGGAGGAGAGUAAAUGUCAGGUCCCCUCUAGGGAAUUACCCUGUUGGAGCUCGUAUCACACAUUUCCAUCUAAAAAAGUUUCUCUAGGCUGAAAAGAAUGCUUUAAUAUUAGAGUAGACUGAUAAAGCUUUUAGAAAUCAUUUGGAUUGUUCCUUACACACUGAUAACAUAAAUUCUCUUACAUUACUUUUGGCUCCAGUGUUAGAGAAAUCAAUGUAUUUCGGAGAAGCCUAUUAGUUUCAAGUAUCUCUUAGAAAUUUGGUCAUUCAUCCAAUAAUAGUGUGCCUACUAUAGUCCAGGCACUGGGAAUGCAAGAUUAAAUAAGAUACUAUACAUAGGAAUUUAGUUUUAAAAUAUAUUGAGCCAAUAUACAUUACCCCAAAACUUUUGACCAUUGAUGCAAUUUCUACUCUCUGAGAUCAUAUUAAAUAAAGCCAAACCUUAAUCCUUAUACUGGCCCUUUAUAAAUUUGAAAACUGCAUAUAGUGCAGGGUCAUAUAAAAGAACUGAACAGGACAAACUUCCAGGUACAGUGAAGAUAAAUAUGGAGGACACGCUUCAACAACUAAACUCCACAGGGGUAGUCAUCCAAGGUAGUAAGUAAAAUGUAUGGAUAUUUUGUAUACAGAUUUAGGUUGUAUGUUCUAUGUUCAAAAGGCAAUGGCACACAAAGAUCUGGAUAAGAUGUGCUUUGCUCGUAUGUCUGGAAUGUAUAGAAAAGCCCCCCAAAUCUGUAUAACAUCUCAGAUUUCAUGAGACUGUUAUGCAAGUUGCUGGCAUAUGAAUCUACCAGUGAGCAGUUUCCAUUGAACUCAGGAAAAUGGGAUGGGCUACAUUAACUGACAACAGUCACCAGGUAUUCUGUGCCAACUUGCUGUUACCAGAAGGAAAAUCUCUAUGAUAGUAUCUUGCCAAUUUUAAGGAGUUUAGUUAAUGGGUACAUGUUUCAGUCUGAUCAUUGGGUACAAUCUGGCAUGCUUUUCCUUUCAUUUGGUGGCAGUAGUAGGUUUACAUACUCUAAAGGUUUUGGAAGUGAGACAAACUGGAAAGGCAAAGGAUGCCACAAUGACCUGACACUUGACAGCUACCCUCCGACCUGUGAGCUGUGAGAGCUAUGACCAACGCUUCUCAAUGAGUUAUGGAAAAUGAAUACCUGAAUUAAAAAAAAAAAAAAAAAAAAAAGUAAUUUAAAA